UUGUGUUGUCUUUGCAAAGCCAUGUAGAAUUCUAGGAGUUUCUGUUUUGCUGUUGCAAUAAGAUAAAUAUAAGGAGAGGUAUAUGUAAUGAACUCCACUCAACAAACACAUUCGUCUUUGGGGCACCUGGUCGUCUCUUCUUUGUCGUUAAACCCCACAACAUGGGAGCAACGAAAGAGGGACUAUUGCGCAGGAAAAUCCAAAUCGUGAACUUACCAGUCUUCACUGCUAUUUUUGUUUUGGUUCUUUGUAAUGGCGUAGUAACAAGAGCGGCCGUGGAACUGAUGAAGAACCCCGGGUUCGAGAAUGGAGUUACGUCAUGGUCCCAUGACGGGUUCAGCAUGGUCACCACAACAGAGCAGGUUCAUGAAGGACGAGUGGCCGUCAAAUGUACCGGCAGAACUCAAUCUUGGAUGGGUCCUGCACAGGACAUUCAGAUCUCCAGAGGCAAACAUUACGUGUUCAAGUCUUACAUUAAGCUCAUCAAUGACCUUCCUGGGAGAAUGUUCCAGAAAGCCGGUGUGAAAAUCAGCUUUACUUUGAAAGACGGUGUGUUUUUCAUGUCAACUGUUUGAAUGUGUUUUUCAAAGACUUCCACCGAAAAUGAGACUUAAUUAUCAUUAAUUGAAAUGCAUCCAAAUAUGUAAGCAUAGGUCUAAUUCGUCUUUGUUCUGUGCAUAUACGAUCAUUAGCACAAAGCAACGUUAUACAAACCAUUCGGCCUAACGUUUUCUCACAUAGAGCAUUGUGGUUAUAUACAAUCUUUGUUUGGACUCACAAAGACAAGUAUGAAGUUGUUCCUAGCCGUCUUUUGAAUUCUACGUUUUGAGUACAGACCUAAUCUUAAGUUAUAUGUAUUCAAAUCCUAUCUAAACUCAUUAGUAUUAGGCAGAAAUCAUGCUUUCUGAUACUAAUCUCUUCCAGGUUCCAAGAAUUACUUCCCUAUUUGCUCCCGACCUUACCUGACAACUGCUGACGGAUGGACCAUGCUGGGUGGUGACUUCAUACCUCCCAACUUUGGUAUGAAGACCUCCUCCCUGCCCUUCUCACGCGCACACAUUCCCAACACAAACACACAAUCACGUAUCAUACACACACACACAAACAAACACAAAGACCGACAUACAUGGAUACCUGGAUGUGUCAUCUCUGACUCAGAAGUUGACGUGUACUGACUCUCCAUCUUUCACGCACGCGAGCUGCCAUUGCACAUUCUGCUGUACCCAGGCCAAUUCAUGUUCUUAUGUUGUUCAUCCAUGGUAUUCUUUGUCUUAAUCUGGCUCUCCUGCCCCACACCCUUCCUUCAAACACUUCUUUCUCAAUGGUCUCGUGUCGUUUUAAGUAGCCAAAGUAUAUUAUUUUUCUACAUUUAAUUUUUAU